AUGUCCACCUGUGUGAUCCAAGAAUCGCUUGAUGCAAGUCUCAUCACGCUCGAGGCCUUGCCUCGCCAGCGUUCAAAUGAAGGAUCAACCUCGAGCCAGCCCAAUGAGUUCCCGGUGUUGGAGAAGUGGAACCAGAAUCGUCUGAAUAUAUAUCGAACGCUUGCAACAUUCUGGUGUUUUCUGGUGAUGGGAGCCAAUGAUGCUGCUUAUGGUGCCCUGAUCCCAUAUCUGGAAUCAUACUAUCACCUAUCCUAUACAAUAGUGUCUCUCGUUUUCUUGUCGCCUCUGGUAGGCUACACCAUCGCUGCUUUUCUCAAUCAGCGCAUUCACAACACCUUUGGACAGCGUGGUGUGGCACUGCUCGGGUCAGGGUGCCAUCUCAUCGCCUAUGUGAUCAACUGUGUUCAUCCGCCAUAUCCAGUGCUCGUUGUCUCGUUUAUCUUUGCAGGAUUGGGCAAUGGGGUUGAAGAUGCAGCCUGGAAUGCAUGGAUUGGUAACAUGGCCAAUGCAAACGAGGUACUCGGAUUUCUGCAUGGAAUCUACGGAGUCGGGGCAGUCAUCAGUCCUUUAAUCGCAACCUCGAUGAUCGCAAAAGGUGGUUUGCCGUGGUAUUACUUCUAUUAUGUCAUGGUUGGGUGUGCGGCCAUCGAGAUUGUGGUGUCCACUACCUGCUUCUGGAAAUCAAAUGCCGCCGAAUUCCGUGCAGCGAACAGACAAUCGGUUGAGGAGAAUAGAAAAGGGGGACUCCGGGACGCACUCUUCAAACGUCCAGCAGCCCGGAUCACAUGGCUUUGUGCCUUGUUCUUGCUGGGCUAUGUUGGAGUUGAGGUCGCCCUCGGAGGGUGGAUUGUCACCUUCAUGAUCCGAGUCAGACAAGGCGGUGCUUUUGCCAGCGGCAUGACCGCCACCGGGUUCUGGCUCGGCAUCACAGUCGGGCGCGUGAUUCUGGGGUUCGUGACACCCCGGGUGGGUGAGAAGAUUGCCAUCUCAGGAUACAUUGUCUGUUCGAUGGCCUUUGGUCUCGUUCUGUGGCUCGUGCCCCAGUUCUAUGCCUCGGCCGUGGCAGUCGCGUUCCAGGGAUUCUUCUUGGGGCCUCUCUUCCCAGGGGCUAUCGUGAUGGUCACCAAGCUUCUGCCCAGACAUCUGCACGUCACAUCGAUCGGGUUUGUGGCCGCGUUUGGAGGCAGUGGAGCUGCGAUCCUCCCUUUUGCGGUGGGUGUCCUGGCACAGGCCAAAGGAGUCAAGGUGCUGCAGCCGUUCAUCAUUGCCCUGUCAGGUGCCAUCCUCAUUACGUGGCUGGGAUUGCCGCGGGUGAAGUUCAGCAGCGAGUAA